CACCUCCACCAAGCAGCUCAGCUCCACUGUCGUUACGUGUAGCCUAGCGUGCAAACCAGUUCACACGUUCUGUAUCAUCAAAAAAGCAAAAUGGCGAAGUGUGUCACGAGCUCGAUGAAACGUAGUGUCAUUGAUAUUGUAUGAAAUUAUCAGUGGAUUAUGGGCUGACAAUGAUGUAGUGUACGAUAUAAUGUUACUGUGAUUGCACUGAAUACCCAGGUGUACGUUCAACAAGAGGUUCAAAGGUGGUUUCAUCAUAAUUCCAUUGUUUUUCAGUGAUUUUUAUAUAUUUUUUGAAGACUGAGUACAUCAGUCAAUAUACAAAACGUGCCGGGUUUCAGUAGUUAUCAUGGCCACGGAUAAAAUCAGAGUUGCGGUGAGAGUCAGGCCGUUCAAUCGACGAGAAUUGGAGCUCGGUACACAAUGUGUCGUGGAGAUGACGAGCCAACAGACGAUACUCCAGCAUCCAACGAGCCUCGACAAGAUGGAUCGAAGCAAACCAAAGAGUUUUGCCUUCGAUCACUGCUUCUACUCCCUGGAUCCGAGCCUAGAAAAUUUUGCAAGCCAGGAGGUUGUCUUCGACGCCCUGGGCCGAGACAUUCUCGACAAUGCCUUUCAGGGGUACAACGCCUGCAUCUUCGCUUAUGGCCAAACAGGAUCAGGUAAAUCCUACACGAUGAUGGGCAGUGGUGAUAACAAGGGUAUAAUACCACGUCUCUGUGACAAUCUCUUCGAUAUGAUAGCAAAACAACAGAGUAUCGAAUUAACGUACAAAGUUGAAGUCUCAUACAUGGAGAUAUACAAUGAAAAAGUACACGAUUUGUUGGAUCCAAAGCCAAACAAACAGUCAUUAAAGGUUAGAGAGCACAAUGUACUUGGUCCAUAUGUUGAUGGGCUCAGUCAACUAGCUGUUACAUCUUAUCAGGAUAUUGACAAUCUCAUGACUGAGGGAAAUAAAUCACGAACAGUUGCUGCAACAAAUAUGAAUUCGGAGAGUUCAAGAUCACAUGCUGUUUUUUCAGUUAUUGUUACCCAAACAUUGACUGAUACACACAGUGGUGUUAGUGGUGAAAAAGUAUCGAGAAUGAGUCUCGUUGAUCUUGCUGGUAGUGAAAGGGCUGUGAAAACAGGAGCUGUUGGUGAUAGACUUAAAGAGGGUAGUAAUAUUAAUAAAUCAUUGACAACACUUGGUCUAGUCAUCUCAAAGCUUGCUGAUCAAAAUUCUGGUGGUAAAAAUCGUGAUAAAUUUGUACCGUAUCGAGAUUCAGUUCUCACGUGGCUGUUGAAGGAUAAUCUUGGGGGUAAUAGUAAGACAGUUAUGGUGGCAACGAUAUCACCAGCUGCUGAUAACUAUGAGGAAACAUUGUCGACAUUGAGAUAUGCUGACAGAGCUAAGAGAAUUGUUAAUCAUGCUGUUGUCAAUGAGGAUCCAAAUGCACGAAUUAUUCGUGAGUUGAGGCAGGAGGUGGAGGCACUCAAGGAGAUGUUGCUCCAUGUCACUGGACAGGGAUCAGUGGUUGGACAGAGCAGGACUGAUAUCACUGAGAAAUUGUCAGAGUCCGAGAAGCUCAUGAAGGAGAUGUCACAGACUUGGGAGGAGAAACUUGUCAAGACCGAACGACUCCAGCAUGAGAGACAGCAGGCACUGGAGAAGAUGGGGAUCAGUGUUCAGGCAUCGGGUAUUCAGGUCGAGAAGAACAAGUUUUAUCUGGUGAAUCUUAAUGAUGAUCCCAGUCUCAAUGAACUACUUGUCUACUAUCUGAAGGAUGUGACACUUGUUGGGGGUAGAACUGCCACCACUGAACAGGAUAUUCAACUUCAUGGAUUGGGAAUUCUUCCGGAACAUUGUGUUAUUACUAUUGAGGAGUCAGGGCUGUAUAUGAGCCCUCUGAAUGGCGCCCGGUGCUUUGUCAAUGGCAGCCAAGUUGUUGAUAAGACUUUGCUGCAACAUGGCGAUAGAAUUGUGUGGGGUAAUCAUCAUUUCUUUAGGGUUAAUUGCCCGAGACCUGCAACGUCAAUUAGCAGUGAACCACAGACACCUGCACAGAACAUUGAUUAUAAUUUUGCCAGGGAGGAGCUCAUGCUUAACGAACUCACCAAUGAUCCGAUUCAGAGGGCUAUUCAGAAGUUGGAGAGACAGCAUGAGGAGGAUAAACAGGUUGCGUUGGAGAAACAGAGGCUCGAGUACGAGAGACAAUUCCAGCAAUUACGAAAUAUCUUAUCACCAUCAACUCCUUAUUCACCCUACGUACCUUAUGAUCCACUGAGGGGCAGUCAGGGGGGUAAAUUACCCGCCUGCACUCCAACAACACAAAUGCGCGUGGAGAAAUGGGCACAGGAGCGUGACGAAAUGUUCAAACGCAGUCUUGGUCAACUUAAAACUGAUAUACUCAAAGCAAAUUCACUCGUGCAGGAGGCGAAUUUUCUCGCUGAAGAGAUGGAUAAGCAGACGAAAUUCAGCGUUACACUUCAGAUACCACCGAACAACCUCAGUCCCAACAGAAAGAGUGUAUUUUUUCAGCGUGGUGCGUUCGUUAGUGAGCCAGCAAUUCUCGUAAAACGUCUGAACAUGGGUAGCCAAGUCUGGACAAUGGAAAAACUGGAGAACAAGCUAGUGGACAUGCGUGAGAUGUACGAAGAAUGGAAAGAUCCAAAUAAUUCCCAACGUUUGCCCGGGAUGAAGGACGAAUUGACAUUAAAAAUUCAGGAUCCCUUUUACGAGUCCCAGGAGAAUCACAAUUUGAUAGGUGUUGCUAACAUAUUCCUUGAAGUUCUCUUUCACGACGUUCAACUCGACUAUCACACACCGAUAAUAAGCCAACAGGGUGAAGUAGCUGGCCGACUCCAGGUGGAGGUGAGCCGUACAAGAGGGCAAUUUCCUCCAGACAGAAUUUGCGAGGCUGCAUCUGAGAGCUCAAGCAGUUCAGACUCGACGUCAUCAGAGCACGAGGAUUACACGGGUUCCAGUCACAUAAGCUGUCGUGUUACGAUAAAACAGGCGAGUGGGUUGCCCCUGUCGUUGAGUCAUUUUGUGUUCUGUCAGUACAAUUUUUGGGGUCAUCCAGAGCCUAUUGUCGUACCAUCACAAUCAACGACUGAUUUACCACCGAUUAACAGCUGUUUGUCAGGCCAGAGGGACUCACCAGCGUUCAAAUUCAGUCAUACGAAGGAAUUUACUGUACCACUGAACGAGGAAUUCCUUGAGCAUUGUGCUGAGGGUGCCCUGAGCAUUGAAGUCUGGGGCCACAGGAGUGCUGGAUUCUCAAGGUCAAAGCCAGGCUGGGAGGUGGAGCAGCAGCAGCUGGCUAAGGCUAGAUCACUCGCUGAUCGUUGGUCUGAGUUAACCAGGAAAAUUGAACUGUGGGUGGAGAUACAGGAGUUGAAUGAACAGGGAGAGUACUCACCUGUUGAGGUUAUCGUUAAUCCUGACACGUUGACUGGGGGAAUUUAUCAGUUGAGACAGGGACAACAGAGGAGGAUACAGGUGAGGGUGAAGCCGGUGCAAAAUUCGGGGACACUUCCUAUUAUUUGUCAGUCGAUACACACGAUAACAGUUGGAUCUGUCGCUGUGAGAAAUCCCCUUCAGCAGCCCUUGGAUAGUUAUCAGGAUGAGGAUCUCAGGGUACUCAGGGACAAGUGGAGUGAUGCAUUGAUGAGAAGACGACAGUAUUUAGAUCAGCACAUUCAGAAAUUAGUUAAUAAACAGUCGAAGAGUGAGCAAGAUAUUGAGAGGGAGCAGAGUCUUGUUGAACAGUGGGUCAGUCUCACCGAGGAGAGAAAUGCUGUGCUGGUGCCAGCUGCUGGUUCAGGUAUACCUGGUGCACCUGCUGAUUGGCAUCCACCAGCUGGUAUGGAGCCACACAUACCUGUUUUGUUUCUUGAUCUCAAUGCUGAUGAUUUAUCGACUCAUCAGUCUGGUGAAGAAGUAUCGAUAACUGGUAUUAAUUCAAUUCUCUCAAAGGAAUAUGGAAAUAAAUUUUAUUCACUACCUAUUAUUAAACAUCUUGAGAAGGAUGUCUGUGCUAUUGCUGCUUGGGACUCGAGUAUUCAUGAGAAUCUUCAUCUCAAUCGACUCACACCACCCAAUGAAAGAGUUUUUCUUAUUCUUAAGACAACUGUUAGGUUGUCACAUCCAGCACCCAUGGAUCUUGUUUUGAGAAAGAGGCUGGCACUCAAUAUUUAUAAAAAACAGAGUUUCACGGAUAGAUUGUUCAAGAGAAUUGUCAGGUCUGAUUGUCUUGCACAGACUGGUGUCACUUAUGAAAUUGUUUCCAAUAUACCAAAGGCUAGUGAAGAAUUGGAGGAUCGUGAGAGUUUAGCACAAAUUGCUGCCAGUGGAGAGGACAGCAGUGAUGCUGAUGGAGAAACGUAUAUUGAGAAAUAUACGAGAGGUGUAUCAGCUGUGGAGAGUAUUCUGACACUUGACAGAUUGAGACAGAGUGUUGCUGUCAAAGAAUUACUCCAGGCACGCGGACAGCCGCUUAUGAGGAAGACAGCAAGUGUUCCAAACUUCUCGCAGAUCAUGAGAUUUGAUACAUCUCUGGAUUCUCUGAGUGUAACACGUUCAGAGAGUGUCACAGAUCUCAAUUCAGAGCUUAAUUGUCUGCCACAUCACUCACGACGAGCAUCACUGGGUCACAAUAGAAAUGAAGAUAGUUUCCUGAAUGCUCCAGCCAAAUCAUUUGGAAUUGUGACACAAGUACGACAACGACAAGCGAGACCAACAUCCUUGAAUCUCAACCAGAUUUCACUGACACGUGUGCAGCAAUCGACUUUCAAGUCCUCACCAAAUAUGGGCGGAAAAUUGAGCCUCCGGAUGACGACACUUCACGAAGAAACAUCGAAUGUGGGAAAUCAGGCGUCUUCUCCUGUACCAGACGAUGAGAAAAGCGAUGCUGAGGGUGCUGAAUACGAUUCUUAUGUGAUCCGAGGGCGGCCGGUGAGACCCCUGACAACAUCACGAACCCUGGACUCCCUCGCCGAGCUCCAAUCCACGAAGAUAACGACCCCCAGCAUGAGCAGCAGUGGCUACGGCUCCCAGGCAGUCUCCACCACAAACUUAACAUCCGACGAUUCAAUAUCUAUAAAAUCGAUCAGCGUAGACGAAACUCCCGACGUUGAAUACAAGACCAUAACUGAAGUGAAGAGAACCGAGAAAAUGGACAGUUCCCUAGUGUCAGAGACCCCAGAAGAGUAUUUUGGUGACAUAAGCACUGACUUAGACGAUCUGAGUGGGUCAAAGGGUUCAAUCAACGAACGAAAAUGUUCAAUUGACUAUCGUGACACUGGUCUCGAUGAUAAGCCCUCGAUAAUCACCGAAAUCAAGGAAAAUUCCAUAGUCACAGCACUUCAUCAGGACUCUCCCACUUCUGUUGACGAUGCCAUGAAAAAACAGGAUAUGGAGACGAGUCAGACGUCGAAUUCUGGUGAUGACAGCCCUCUCGAGGGCAAUUCAAUUGUUCAAACGAAAUUACAACCUGGAAAAGUCGUGAGACGUCGAAAGGUCUCCAAUAACUCUGGUAGAAAUAAUCAGAGUUCACUGUACCACAGAGCCUCAUUUCCAAUGGUCCGUCCACAUUUUUCAGACAUCAAGUCAUCGACAAAUGCUGUUAACUAUGAGAAUGGUGAUCACAGCUCGUCAGAGCGCAUUGACGACGAUGUUAAUGAUAAAAAUUCGACAUUUGGUUCCAAGUCUGAUUUAACCAGAAUCGAGGCACCAUUACCUGAGUGGGUGGUUGUUGGUGAAUCGGUUAUGGUACGACCUUACAGCUACUGCGGUGUUAUUGCUUAUAUUGGAGGUACGGAAUUUGCUACGGGGAACUGGAUUGGAGUUGAGCUUGAUGCACCCACUGGGAAGAAUGAUGGUGCUGUUAAUGGGCACAGGUAUUUCACUUGUCGAGCAAAAUGUGGGAUUUUUGUCAAGGUCGACAAGCUCAUUCAGGAUAAACGGGGAAGAGCCCUCAGGAAUUUUACGAAACAGGAGAACAUGGGCUCCAACAUGCGGAGGAGUACUAGCAGAGGUGAAGGUCUCCAUUCCCUGCACAGAAGCCGAAGUCGAGGAGAAGGCCUCUCCACCACAAGUACACGUUCAUCCCCCCGAGCAAAAUAAACGAACGGAGAAUGAAAUUUUCAAAAGCUGCAUUAAAAAAAAAAUCGCCAUAACUGGUAAAUGCCUAAAAUCGAGCAGAACACAAAAUAAUAUUAAAAGAAUGUUAUAGUGCUGAUGGUUUUGACUCCGAUAGAUACCUAGGGACUACUAAUCCAAGAUAAAAAAAAAAUUUGGUGUAUUUCUUAAAACAAAACAUAUAUCCAUGAGCAUGUGUGUAGCACAUUCCACAUUCCAUGAGUUGUCACUCCGUUACCCAGAGGCGUGGGCGAGGGUGAGGGUCUGAGUCCCUCAUCGAGGCUCAUUAUUUCCAUUGGGGUUCACGGGGACGACCUAGACUUCCAUAAUCGAUGAGAAAAUUGCAUUUUAAUUCGUUCCAUUCAGACUUCCCUCCAGUUUCUCCAAAUACAUUCGAAAAAUAUGGCAUUUAUCAUUGUUAUUGAAUUAUUUCCACUGGUGGAUCAUUCAAUCAUCAAAAUGCUGUUGAUGAAGGAGACGAAAAAUCCAAGGGCUGAGGAAUUCAAAUUAUUUUGGAAUUUUUUAAUCCCAUUUUGUCCAUUUUUUCACGAUUAAUUUGAAAAAAAAAAUUUAUCACAAUUGAAUAUUAUUUCCACUGGUGGAGCAUUCAAUUGUCAAAGUCCAUUCGCUAAUUAUUUUCAGUCUAAAGAUGUGCAAAAAUUGAAUAAAAAAUUUAAUUCAAGACAUUCCAAAAAGAAAAUUAAUUUUUGUAAUUAUCACUUGUCUCAGUACUUUAAAUUAUCAAAUUCACGAUCAUUGAAAUCAUGGAAUUUUAAAUGUGUAGUUAUAAAGUAUGCAAGAGCUGUUAAAGUGUCUGUUGUAAAAAUAUAUAUAUAUAUAUUCAUAUAUAUAUAUAUAUCAAGGGUACUUUCCAGAUUUAGAUCGAGUUAUUUAAUUUCUGGAUAAAGCUAUGACUCAUUAAUAUUAAUUCAUAGAAUACAGCGACUUGCCUGCAGUUUAUUGAAUAAUAGGACAACUGUAUGAUCCAUAUUAUUCAGUGAAUGUAAUUGUACUAGAUCAAUUGUUUUGUAAUAUUAUUAUUAAUUUUAGUAGUCAAAGUUGUUGAGUUCUGUUCUUAUCAUUCAGUUAAUGAAUGCCAAUAACAUUUGUCCCAUAUAUUAUCAUGGUUUAUUCGUGAAUACGUGUAUAAAAAUAAAGGGAAGCUUGCGUUGAAUUUUAAUUAAUGAUUUUGUUAAUCUUAUCGAGUGAUUUAUCGGUUAUUUUUUUUUUGUUAGGGUUUUAAGUAAUUCCACUUGCAGUAGAGAUGCAAUAUUAGAUUAAGUUAGACACUAGGGAAGUUUGCUUCAUUGUAUCAAUUGCAUAAUAAUUAUAAAUACGAGGAAUAUUUUAAUGCUGGGGGGCGAGCGAGGGGCGAUGAUAGUUCAUAAUUGUAAGUACAUGUCGUGGAUAAUUAUAAUUUUGUUGGUAUGCGCUGGAUUAUCAUCACUCGUGGAUGAAAAAAAUUGAUGGAAAAAUGCGCAAAUUCGUUGGAAAAUCUACUUUUGACGGUUUGAUGAACAGUCGAUGGAAUUUUAGAAAUUUAAUGGAAUGUUCAUUUGAUAGUCACCAGUGUUAAUGAGGAGAAGGAAAAUAAAUGACUUUCUGUUCCGAUUUUAAUUGAAGAAUAAAAGAGAUCGAUAACCGAUUGAUCUCGACGUCUAUAAAUAUUUUUUAAGAUAUUUUAUGGACUCGGUUUUUAUGGCUUGAUUUUGGUCAAUAAAAUGUCAAUCAAAACACUUGAUAAUUAGGAACUGACACAGUUCUGUAAUUAUUGUAUGGAAUAUUGAAUCGGAGAGUAUUUUAUAUUGGACAUUUCGAUAGAAUCAACCGUAAAUUCACACAAUAUUCAGUUGAAAUUCGAUAGAAAGUGGCGAAUUUGUUUAAUUUUUCUGGGAAUUUUUUUGAUGUGUGAUGUGUGGUAAUUGUAAUUAUUAAAUCUGUUGAAUUUUAAACGAGCACUCGUGUCUGUACUUAUUUAUUUUGGAGAGUAAAAAUCAUUUUCCAUUAGACGUGCGUUCAAAGUUCCCAGUAGUUAUGUGCAAAAGGGGAAAAUGACAAAUUUCAAAAAAAAUUAUUCACCAAUCGAUUCUCCAAUAAAUGCCAACUUUGAUGGAAGUGAAAUCCAUGAAAUAAAUCCGUCGAAUGCUACCUGCAGUUUUUUUUAUUUAAUUGUUGCAUCCAGGGCACCCUGAAACGUAAAUUAUUUAUCAACAAAGUUUGACGGAGUCGAUAAUUUUCGUGCUGAGCAGAAAAUCAGUGACGUAAUGGUCACAUUUUGAAGAAUUCAUUGGAGUCUGUGGGAGAUAUCGAUUAAGAUAUUUUGUUUAUAAUAAUUUAUAAUUGUGGACACGAGGGUGAUUUUGAAAUUCACCGGAGGGACGGGUAUUGUUACCCCUUGAGAGGCUUUGGGGGGAGGAAAAAAUUGCUGACGUCCCAGGGAUGAAUAAUUUUCAAUGGAAAUCUUGAAUAAAAAAACUAAUAAAAACCCAAUGAGGUUUAAUCACUUUUUCGUAAAUCUUAUGAUCAUUAACAAAAAUACAAAAAAUAUUCCAUUAAAAAAAAUUCUAUAAUUUAUGCGCAAGAAUUUCCUCGAAUUCCGUUGAAAUGUGCACUAAAUUCUGUUCAGCAAUUUGAUUACUUGAUUUUUUAUCAAAUAUCUGACGUAAUCACUUUCUCCAAAAUAAUUAUUCCAAAAAAACUAACAAAACUCUUCCUCAGAAUUUCAGCAGAACAUCCAAUUGUGCGGAUGUAAACAAUUUUUUCAAACUCUCCUCGAAAAUAAUUUCCUCCCACCUCCCCAAAAUUCCUAUCGCCAAAUUUCCCCCGCACUCCGCCCCUCCCUCACCCCCCCAAAGCCUCUGGAGAAGCGCAAACUCAAACCGCUCGUUAAUUAUUAUUUUUUUGGUUUACCAAAAAGCCUAGUCGUUUUAAAAUAUUCUAGCGAGGAAAUGAUAUGCAAUAUAAAAUCACCGACGCAACAAUGUAUCAUUCCUGUACUCACAUUAAAAGCGAAAUCAAAUUACAAACGGACUAUAAUAUUUUUUGAGAGAAUACGAUAAUUAACGUGACGAAAGCACUUACUAAUCAAUUAACAGUGUAAAAUAAUAAUUGACACAGUUGCGAGAGAAGUGAAAGAUUAAUUACAUUAUACGUAAGAUAACAAUAAUGAAUUUGUCCAUAUUGUGAAAAAAAAAAAACAAACUAUUCCUGUCCAAAUAGAACAAUACUAAUAUUAUCAUUAAUAAAUAUAUUAUUAUACCUAA